AUGGUGCAGGAGCCGGAAGGCGCGACUGCCAAACCAGGCGUGGCAGUAGUUGACCAGCAACCUCCUUCCCCAACCGCUUCGACCUCUAGCAGAGAAGAAACAAGAGCCACGAGAGAGAAGUUGAAAAAGACCUCAAUAGCUGGCCUGUCCCAGAAAUCAGCCACUAUCGCACCACACACCGACCAUGCCUCGGUCACAAACGAGGAAAGCAUAGUAGAUUCUUCAGCUGAAAAUCCAAAUGGCGCUCGUGGUAGGCCUGCGAAGAAGAGGUCAUUCGAAGAUUUAGCAAAGGACGAUGCAGAAACUGCGAGUGCUCUCGAAGAAGGUCCGCUCCCGAAAAGUGGUCACCACAAGAGAAUGAGGUCAAGAGAUGUCAAUAGUGGCGAUCAUAAGGACACCUACGUUAGAAUAGAAGGAGACGACCAGGAUACACUGCUUGAAGAGUCUGACGUUGACGCUCUAAAGACACCCGGGGGCCCAGGCGUGUUGGUCGCUGCACCCAGUUCGAAGGAUAUGGAUGUUGAAAUUCCUCACAAUGCACAAAUUCCACCAGAUUCCCAACCAGUUGCUCCCCAAGAGACUACGACCUCGAGAUCUACAACCAAAGUUCCUCCAAUCUCAGGUUUCGCAAAUACCUCCUCCGCCUCCCCAUUUGGCAGUUCUGCUGCUACGAUAAACAAGGACAAGCCUUCAGAAACAGCAAAGACUACUUCAGGUUCGGCUUUUGCAUCGUCUGGCCUAUCUGCAUUUUCGUCUUCUGACAAGUCCCCUUUCACUGCUGCCGCUGGCUCAAAAUCUUCUUUAGGCGGUAGUGGAGGGUUUGGGGGUGGCCAAUCUAACAGCGGUUUCGGAUCAACUAAGAGUGGAUUUGGAAAUACUGCUGGCUUUGCACCAUCAGCCUCAACUUUUGCAAGUGGCUCAUCAGGUUUCGGAACAAGUAAAGGCUUUGGCAGCACAAGUACUUUUGGAACUCCCAAGCCGUUUGGCGCUGGCACCACGUCUACCUUCGGUAGUGGUGGUUCAUCAUUUGGCACCGGCAAAGCAUUUACAUCUUCGAAGAAGGAAGAUGAUGACGAAGAUGAUGAGGAGAACGUGGGCGACGAGGAUCCUAUUGACAGCGCUAAGGACGAUGCUCAGCAGGAUCCUCGUUUCCAGAAACAACAUAUUGAAACCGGUGAGGACGACGAAGAGACUCACUUCUCGUCGAGGGCGCGGCUAUACUUCUUCGAUCGUGCAUGGAAGGAACGAGGCACUGGCCUGUUCAAACUCAACGUUCGCACAGACACUUCUAAUGCAGCAGAAGUCGACCCUGAGGCACAAACGUCGAAAGGAAAACGAAAAGCGAGACUACUCAUGCGAGCUGAUGGUACUCAUCGUGUUAUCCUGAAUAGCCCGAUCUUCAAGGGCAUGCAGUUUGGAGGACCAGAUGGUUCCGAACCUUCUGGCAAAGUCAUGCACCUUCAAAGUCUCGAAGAGGGCAAGCCAGUGCCUCUCCAAGUCAAGAUUGGUAAAGAAGAAGUGCUGAAGGAGUUAUACACCCGAUUAAAAGAGUUGGAAGCGGAAGCUUGA